GUCACCGUUCACUUUCAUUGUCUGAAAAAAAGAUGCAGCAGUGAAAGUAAAAGGUGACUGAGGCUGUCGGUUCCUCCUAACAUCUCCUUUUGUGUUUCACAGAAAAAGAAAGUCAUGGGUUUUAAACAACAUGAGGGUGAGUAAAUAAUGACAAUUUUCAUUUUUGGGUGAACUGUCCGUUUAAGCUUUCCUCUUCUGAUUCUUUCAUUAGAUCAUUUAUGCAAUACAUCCUAUUGAAACAAUGUAGGUUUCAAAAGACUGAAAGUUAGUUUCUUCUGCAAUGUGUCUUGCAAAAGGUGUUGUGUAAAAGUGAGCCUUUAGCUUGAAGUGGUGGUUGGAAAAUAACGUCCUAUAAUGCCACUCAUUUAAUCUGACACAGCAUGUGGUGAAUUAGGGUUUUCGGGGACAUUCGGUAAUGUGGGACACCUAAACUCUGAUAUGUACAUUUAUUGCUCCAUCACACAAAAGUCUAUGUUUACAUUACCGUAUUCUAGCUGGUUUGACUUGAUGAGUUUGCACUUGUUGUUCUGACGUGUUGGAGUGACAAUCACAGUAAAUUGCAUUAAAGUUGUAAUUGUACAAAAUAUCCCAGUUUACCCUAAAUGUACCCUGAAAAGUGCACUGGCUGCAAAAGUGGAUAAUAAAAAUUAAUAUUUAGUUUUUCAUAAGAGAAAUGUAUUUACAUGGUUUUGGAACCAUCUAUUUCAAAGUUUACUUUUUUUUUACCAUCAUGUUUGAGGGAUUUGUAACUGACACUGAAGAUGUGUUGCCAUUUUUCACCUGUAGAUGUCAGUAUUGUGCUUUUUAUAAGACUCAUAAGACAGGUGGCUGUUGCAUCAAGGUUAGGUAACUGAAAUCAAUUAUUAAGCUAUACAUUGCUCAGAAGUGAUUAAAUUAAGUACAUUUAGUACGAGAUAUGGUAUAAGGUAUUUGUGGAUUUGUAGGCAAACAUGUUGUGGCUUAAUCUUUACCUAGUGUACUUAAUACAGCAUUUACUUAUUGUUCAUUUAUGAAAAUACAAAUCAUUAAUUCAUGUUAGUUCAUAAUGCAUUAACUAAUGUUAACAUAUACAACUUGUAAUUUUAAAAACGUAUUAGCAGAUGUUGAAAUUAACGUUAACCCAGAUGAAUAACUGAUUAAAAUGUAUUGUUCAUUGUUAGUUCAUGUUAACUAAUACUAGUGAACUAAUGUAAAUGAAUUCAACCUAUAUUGAUUUCCACCAAAAAAAGAAUAAUAAUAAUAAUAAUUUCGAAAUCGUUGUUAAAAUAAAUUACAAUGGAAAUGAAUGGGGCCAGUCUACAAACAUCAAAAUACACCUUUUCAAAAGUAUAGCCGGGUCACUCUCAAAAAAUGUUGACUUUCCGACUUACAAGGUAUUAAAAUUUCCGAUUCAGUUCAGUUCCGUUUUCGCCCGUAAAACCUAAGGGUAAACAUGUAUUAACAUCUUGCCAUUAUAUUUAUUCAUAAAGGACAAUUUGUCUGUUGUUCUUUAUUUUAUUAUUUUAUUUCGUUUCAUGAAGCAAGGGUUGUAACAGUGACAAAUUCUCUUAAAAGAUUAAUUUUCUAAGAUGGCAUCACAAAACAUACACAGAGUUGGGAAGGUUACUUUUAAAAACUAUUCCACUACAGAUUACAGAUUACAUGCUGUAAAAUGUCAUUUGUAAUGUAUUCCGUUGGAUUACUUAAGGUCAGUAAUGUAAUCUAAAUCCGUUGGAUUACUUCUUCAGCACUUUUUAAAUAUUGGAUGAUUUUACAAGUAAAUAAAGUAAGAAAAUACAUUUCAAUGUAAAAAUACAUUCUCUGAAAAAAGCCUAAAUAUGUAUGCAGUUUUGCUACUCAAGUAAAUGUAUCUUGUUUUAAGGAUUUUUAGAUAUUUUUUUACAGGAAAACAACAUUUAAAUUCGCAUUAAGAAUAAAAUCUUUGCCCUUAUAUCAAAGGUCUUACUAGAGAAAAAAGGUUAUGCUCCAAUGUGCAUUUUCUUCAUAGAAUUCAUUAUAAAAUAUAAUCGCACCUGAUAACAGAUGCAUGUAAAGACAGGAAAUAGCAUUUUAGCUUAGCAUAAAGCUAAAUGUGCACAUGACAGUUUACACAAGGUUAACUAUUUUUGCUGCUCCAAACUUCAAAACCCCACAGAGUGUUCACAACCACAUCUUUUUCUGAUCGUAUGUGGAUUCUGUUCAUAGAAUGAGGCAGAAAAUAUAUUAUUUGUAUAUUAAUAUAUUAUUUCUGUAUGAUAAUAAAGACUACAUUGGUUAGCAUUUCUUGUAAAAAAUGCCCUAACUGCAUAAAAAACAUUGACAAGGCUAUGUAAUCGUGUAUUUAUUGGAUUUAUGUUUCAUCUGUCAAAGUGUAUCUAACUGUAUUUUGAUAAGCUGUAGAAACAAGAUCUAGCUACUCUAUUAAGCUCAUAUGAAUGAAACAAAUCGUCAAAUCAUAAGACAGUGAUUCACUGCUGUUCAAAAGCUCCUCCUAUAUGGAUAAAUGUUUUCCAACUGAAUAGACUAAAUAUUAAAUGAAACAAAUUCUUCAAAAAAAAGUAAUUCUUCAGUAAUCAAAAUACUUUUUGAAUGUAGCUAUUCUGAUUACCAACGAUUUAAAUUGUAACUGUAGUGCACUAAUGCUUGACCUGAGAUAACAAAAUAAGUAAAAAAUAAAUAAAUCCAUAAAUAACUUGAAAUGUCAUAGAAGUGGUGUACCAGAUGAAGGGGACAAGGGUGUUUUUCAUUCAAAUAUAUAUUUGAAAAAAUAUGCAUAACAGUAUAGUGUCAAACCAUUUCAUAUUAUUUAAUAAAAGGUUAGAUUAUAAAAUGAUGACUUUUAAAAUGGGUUUCUUGACUAUUUGAAAUCUUUUUCAUGACUAAAAAGGGACUUAAGGGACAUGUUUAUCACCAUAUUUUAAUACUGACCUAGCCAUAAGACUUAAAUAUUAUGUGUUAACAUGAUUUUAGUGUGAUAAAAUUGUUUAUUAACCAUUUAUGUGUAAAGUUAUAUCCAAUAAUACAACUCCAUUGUCAUGACAACAAAACCUUGUAAUCCUUUAAUGGAUUAUAUAUUUUUUUACACUAAAAUCAUGUGUACACGUAUAAUGUCUUGUGGUUAUACUUUUGAAACUGUGUAUUUUAAAGUUUAUGGACUGGCCUCUUUUAACCAUGAUUUUUAAAUUAAAGAGGGAUCAGUCUAAAAAACGUUUGUGGUAUAAUCAGCAUUAUGCCACAAAUGCUUUUGAUUGUGCUUAACCUGUAUUGAACACUGAACAUUCCUUUAAUGCAACUGUUUGGUGUGUUCUCUCCAGUUAUUAAGCUUGAUUGCAUUCAAAGUCUGAGACCACACUGAAAAUCUGCCAUUUAAAAUCCAUUUUAAGUCUAAAAAUAAAAAAAAGUUUUAGGAUUUUAUCACAUAAAAUGAGGAAGUAUUUAAGAUUCUGCAUUUCUAUUGGUCACCAAUCAAAUUAACCAUGUUAACUUAUUUUUACAGACGGUCAGAUUUCCUUGCUUCCUUUGAAGCACACACAAUUUUCUUCUGAACAUUCUCAAAUCAUGCUAGAUAACAUGAUCAUCAGGUUCUGCUGUUGAGCUUGAGUGCAUGCUGUCAUUAAAGCAAAGUUGGGACAUACCAAAUACUAUGACAUUCUAAAAUUCAUGUACAUUUUGUAAUUAAACUUUUCACUCAAAUCUGUAUGCUGAUAAUGUAAUUUGUAAUGAUACCUUUUAUCAUUAAAUUUUAAAAAGCAAAAGAUAAGCAUUAUCAAUAUUGGUCUCAGACUCCACUCUUUAAUUUUUAAGGCAGUCUGCACACUGUGUACUCUCCCCAAUCUCUUUCUCCCUCUCUCUCUCUGUCACCCAUUUAGACUCUCCUUCUCUCGCUCAUCUCCUCCUCACACAGGCAGUAUUGCUGACAAGGAAACAGGCUGUUGUUCCACGGCUAAAGUUUUGAGAUUUGCAUGGUUCUGUUUUAUACCUUUCCUUAUUGUUUAGUAUUACCAAAAACAAACCAGAAAACAGGACAUCUCUUCAGUUGGAUCUCUGUUCUGGCUUUGUUCCACUAUGGAUAGCUGUGUCCUCUUCUUCUCACUUUCAAAUGACCUUUUAAUGACAGACUGUAGAGGAGUAUUUGAAUGAACUUUCAAAGCCUAGACAAUGUGUUAACUGUGCAAACACUAGGAGUGACAAUUCUUUAGGAUGGGAAUCUUAAACAAGCCCAGAAGUCUGAAGAUAAUGGCCAUGGUGAGAUCUUCAUUACAGAAAGUGAUGCUUUUUCUACAGCAUGUCCAACGAAUGGCUGUCACAUCAUCACGAUACCAGAAACUGUGCAAGGACAUUCAGACAGAUGUUGACACCCAAAAUGAACUUUCUAGAAGGGCUCUGGGUGGUCAGAUACAAGAGCUUGAUAAGGUUGGAGAUAUGGACAACAUUCAUAUAGCCUCAAGAAGGGAGUGUUUGGAGGCCGGAGCUGAAAAAUGGACCGGACUCAUAGCCGUCCUUGAGGAGCUUUGUUUCUGGAUAAAGCUGAAGGAUGAGAAUUUGACACAGCAGAGCCCCGCUGGAGAAAAGGUUCAUAAUUUACUGCAACAACAAGGCUACUGUACGACACAGGCCUUGAGCAGUGAGUUGAUUGGUCGAAAACUGGAUGUAGACAGCACUCGAAAUCUGGUGUGCCCGACUAUGCCAUUUCAACCUAUGACAGUGGAGGUCCAGAGCAGUACAGAGACAGCUCCAGAUCAAGUUCUAAGGGUGGAUUCACCUCACCGCUCAUCGUCUGCAGCAUUAUCAUGGACUAAUUUGAAAAAGGGGGAGUUGUGGUGUAUUCACCCUUGGCCGGCCCCUCCCCCGCAAAAAGGGGGAGUGCUUUCCUCAGGCUCCUUUACUCCGUUUGGCCUGCAAUGCUUCGGGCAGGACGACAAUGUGAAGAAGACAGUCCAGGAAGAGAAGAUCUGUCAGCUGGCUCAAGCAGUGCAGGAUCAAGCCUUUGAGGUUCAGCAGCACUGGGAGAGGUUCAGUGCCCAGGCCGCCAGCUGGCAGCAUGAGGUUGACUGGGCACUAGGUAAACUCCAGGACAUUCAAGAUGCCAUGGACCAACUGGACCUUGGCCUGGCUGAGAUGGAGGAUAAGGGCUUGCACUCUGAGGAACAUACCAUGGUUGACUGCAUGUUGGAGAACGUUGAUGAGACUGCUAUGGUUCCAGAUUCUCCUGCACAGCCUCAGAAUUCCAGUAUUGACCUAGAAAUCUCACAGGGUACCUUGGUUAAUCAUCACAGACUGUUACAAUACUCUCAAACUGGUAACAAAUAUUUGUCCCACGACUUCUUCUCUGUUUCCGUUCAGUUCCCGUGGCAGAGAGCUGUUUUUCGUAAUGGCGUCCCUUAUUAUAUCAAUCAUGAGCAGCAAACCACGUCCUGGGAUCAUCCAAAAAUGACACAGCUAUUUCAAUCAAUGGCUGCUCUGAGUCAUGUGCGUUUCUCUGCAUACCGUACGGCUAUGAAGAGCCGCCGGAUACAGAAAGCCCUCUGCUUGGACCUUUUGGAGCUAAGUGUUGCCCAGAGCGUCUUUGAUCAACACAAUUUCACUCAUAAAGGACAGCUGCUAGAGAUUCCAGACAUCAUUAACUGUCUCUGCACAAUCUAUAAAGAACUUCAGCAGGUACACCCAGACCUGAACGUCCCUCUAUGUGUGGACCUGUGUCUCAACUGGCUUCUGAAAGUCUAUGACAGUGGCAGAAGUGGAAAAGUUCAAGUGCUGUCCAUGAAGAUCGGCUUGUUUUCGCUUUCAAAAGGACACCUAAAGGAUAAGUACAAAUAUCUGUUCGCUCAGGUGGCCAGUGCUUCAGGGUUUUGUAGCCGGAGGCAGCUUGCUUCACUGCUACACAACAGCAUUCAAAUCCCACAUCAGCUCGGGGAGGCGGCCGCUUUUGGAGGCAGUAACAUGGAGCCCAGUGUACGCAGCUGCUUUCAGCAUCUGUUUUUGGACCACCCAUGCCACCCACACAGAGGAAGUGUUUAUGACCACCAACAUCCUGCAUGUGGUUUAUGGACAUAUGUUUAAAUGAUGCAUCUUUAAUGUUGUAUAAUGCUCAGUGGAAAACUGGGGUGACAAAAUAAUGCAUGGGAUAAAAUGUAUUUUUAACAAAGAGGGGUAAAUGUGUAUUUAAAACAAAAAGGAAAUGGUUGUGCAACAAAUUUACUCACAUAGUUCCUGUAAAGAAGAUGAACAAAUGGUUUAACAAAGAUGAAGUUUAUCAAACAGGGUUAUGUUACUAAAACACAAAAAUGCAUUUGUGAAACAAUGCACAAAUGAUGUGUUGCAAACUAACUCACAUAUCCACUCAUUUUAGAUGUAGCUUUAACACAAAUAUUCUGUUUUACUCUUAACAGAGGAGAAAAUGUGUUUUUAAACAAUAGGUACAGGUUGUGAAGUCACAAAUACUUUAAAGAUGAAGAAUUGGUUAACAAAAAUGAUGUUUAACAUUUUUUCAACAAACACUAAUAAAAUAUCAUACAUUACAUUUAAAAAUGUGUCUUUAGCACAUAGAAUCUUACGGGCACUCCGAGUCCUGGGGUGGGAGGGGUUUCAGAUUAGGCACAAUACCCCCUGUUCACAUCUUGAUCAGACCAGACAGGGUCUUGUGUGAUCCUGUUCAGGAAAACAAAAUGGUGUGAUGGGUUUCUUGGUCUUUUAUGAUUUCCUUUCACUGAAAACAUGGUAACAAUCAAACGUGUGGAAAAUUUUUAGAAAGGUUUUCUCUUCAAAACAAAAUAUUUAAAAUAAAACUUUCUUAAUUGGGUUUCUCUGGUAUACUGUAUGUGUCUGUUAAUAUUUGUAUUUUAUUUCUGAACUCAUGGUUCUGUAUUUGAUACAUGCAGGUCUUAAAAAGCUGGUGUUGAAAAUGUACAUCAGCAAGAGAAGCACAAUAACAGAUUUGUAACAUCAACAAAUAGAGUCUUUUCUACAUUUAACUUGUAAAAACUGAGUUGAAUGAUCAAAUAUCUCCAAAGAAAAUGACCACUGUGUCUGGAGGACCUCAUUUGUUUGCAGAAUAACAGUGUUUAGAAAAUAGUUUUUUUUUUUUUUUUUUUUUUUUAUUUCAAAAGGACUACUUUCCAGAACUUACCCACAAUUGAACAAACAGGUGAUUGUAAAACAAGUCAAUGAAGUGGGAACCAUUUCAAUCUAAUUAAAGCUAUACAUUUCCCCACUACCAAUACAUGUUUUUACACACUGAAACAUUAAAGCUAUUUAGUACAGUAGUAAAGUGAUAACUGUCAGGGUUUGUGUAAGGAUGAGGUGAGAGAGAGAGGAUCCAAAUGCAGAACUUUAAACAAGAGGAUACAAUGAAGGUAAACAAAC